UCGGAUGUUCUCAAUGGUUAUCAAUGAGAAUGGAGCCGUGGGACACUUAAUAGCUGGAUUUCAUUUUAGAAUUUAACUCUUGCCGUCUUGCAUAUUCAAUUGCAUUUCAUUUUCAUUAUUUUUUGUGGAUGAGUGGUACCUUUGAAAAAACUUUAGUCACAAGUUUUAGAAUUAAAUAGUGAAAAGAAGUUUGCGCGUUGUUGAGGGUGAUGGGUGCCUGUCACUAGAGCUAAUUUUAAAAUACUUAUUUCUGCAUCCCUAAGUUACUUAGUUACAUGUCACCUUUUUAAUCCGUUUUUUUUUAUCCCGGCUUCUGUCUCAAUGGUGCUGAAACAGCAGAACGCGAGUUGGACUUUAAAUGAUAGCAACCUUCCCUCAGAAUUCUGUAAAAAGUUACCCAAGUGUGAGAAGUAAAUUUUAUUUCUUUAUAAACUGAAAUUAUAACACCUUUUGCCUUUGAGUCACAUCCAAGGCACUUUUUCGGCACUACCGACUGCGGCUGGAUUUUCUUUUAAAAACUCGUUUCGAAAGCGUUUCUGGUCUUGUAGUUGCAAAGGCUGCCUGCAGCCACCACGGAUAUCAUGCUGUCGACUGCGCGAGGGAGGUGGACGGCGAGCCACUGCUGGAUCUUGGCUCUGAUGUACGGAUUGCUCUGCUUGGUGGCCGUGAACGGAUGCCCUCAUAAAUGCAGUUGCUCCGGAUCUCAUGUGGAUUGCCAGGGUCAAGGUUUCAGGACUGUGCCGAAGGGAAUCCCAAGGAAUGCGGAGAGAUUGGACCUGAACAGGAAUAACAUCUCUCGGAUCACCAAAGUGGACUUCUCUGCCAUCAAGAACCUGCGAGUUCUGCAUCUGGAGGACAAUCAGAUCAGCGUCAUCGAGAGAGGGGCAUUCCAGGACCUCAAACAGCUGGAGAGACUCCGUCUGAACCGGAAUAAGCUGCAGGUCCUCCCGGAGCUCCUGUUCCAGUCCACACCCAAGCUCGGUCGCCUGGACCUGAGCGAGAACCAGAUCCAGGCAAUACCUCGGAAGGCCUUCCGUGGAAUCACAACUGUCAAAAACCUGCAACUGGACAGCAACCACAUCAGCUGCAUCGAAGAUGGAGCCUUCCGAGCUCUCCGCGAUCUGGAGAUACUCACGCUCAACAACAACAACAUCAGCCUCAUCCCUCUCUCCAGCUUCAACCACAUGCCCAAGCUGCGGACGCUGCGUCUGCACUCCAACAACCUGCACUGCGACUGCCACCUGUCCUGGCUCUCUGACUGGCUGCGGCAGAGGCGGGGCCUGGCCCCCUUCACUCAGUGCAUGGCCCCCGCCAACAUGAGGGGCCUGAACGUUCCUGACGUCCAGAAGAAGGACUUCAUCUGCACAGGUCCUGCUCAGACAGAGCCUCGUACCUGCGUGCCCCAGGCCUCGGUGUGUCCGGCGACCUGCACCUGCAACAACAACAUCAUCGACUGCAGGAGGAAGGGCCUCACCGAGAUUCCCGCCAACCUGCCGGAGGGCAUCGUGGAAAUUCGACUGGAGCAGAACCUGAUCAAGAGCAUCCCUGCUGGGGCCUUCUCUCCAUACAAGAAGCUGAAGAGAAUAGACCUGAGCAAGAAUCAGAUUUCUGACAUCGCAGCCGACGCCUUCAGCGGCCUGAGAUCCCUCACCUCUCUGGUCCUGUAUGGCAAUAAGAUCGCUGAGAUUCCCAAGGGGCUGUUCGACGGGCUGGUGUCCCUGCAGCUGCUGCUGCUGAACGCCAACAAAAUCAACUGCCUGAGAGUGAACACCUUCCAGGACCUGCAGAACCUCAACCUGCUCUCUCUGUACGACAACAAGCUGCAGACCAUCAGCAAGGGCCUGUUCGCCCCCCUGCGUGCCAUCAAAACCCUACACCUGGCCCAAAACCCCUUCAUGUGUGACUGCCAUCUGAAGUGGCUGGCCGACUACCUGUUCGACAACCCCAUCGAGACCAGCGGAGCCCGCUGCAGCCACCCCCGCCGGCUGGCCAACAAGCGCAUCAGCCAGGUCAAGGGGAAGAAGUUCCGCUGCACAGGCACGGAGGACUACCGCAGCCGUCUGAGCGGCGAGUGCUUCCAGGACCUGGUGUGCCCCGAGCGCUGUCGCUGUGAGGGGACCGUGGUGGACUGCUCCAACCUCAAACUGAACCGCAUCCCUGCUCACCUGCCUGAGCACACCACCGACCUGCGCCUGAACGACAAUGAAAUCUCCAUCUUAGAGGCCACAGGGACCUUUAAGAAGCUUCCGAACCUGCGUAAGAUUAACCUGAGCAACAACAAGCUGCGGGACAUCCGGGAGGGGGCGUUCGACGGGGCCGGGGCCGUUCAGGAAGUGCUUUUGACUGGGAACAAGCUGCAGGCCCUGCAGGGCCGCAUGUUCAAGGGCCUGACGGGCCUCAAGACAUUGAUGCUGAGGAGUAACCAGAUCAGCUGUGUGGAUAACAGCACUUUCACUGGCCUGAGCUCUGUGCGCCUGCUUUCCCUCUACGACAACCGAAUCUCCACCAUCGCCCCGGGGGCCUUCACCACGCUGCACUCACUGUCCACCAUAAACCUGCUGUCCAACCCGUACGUGUGUGACUGCCACCUGGCCUGGCUGGGCCUGUGGCUGAAGAAGACGCGGGUGGUGAGUGGAAACCCGCGCUGUCAGAAGCCCGCCUUCCUCAAGGAGAUCCCCAUUCAGGACGUGGCCGUGCCUGACUUCACCUGCGACGGUACGGAGGAGAACAGCUGCCUGCCCGUCCCACGCUGCCCGGAGUCCUGCACGUGCUCAGACACUGUGGUGCGCUGCAGUAACCGCGCUCUGCGCACGCUGCCCAAGGGCAUCCCCAAGGACACCACGGAGCUAUACCUGGAAGGGAACCAGCUGUCGUCCGUGCCGAAGGAGCUGUCCGGCCUCAAGCAGCUCUCGCUUGUGGACCUGAGCAACAAUAGCAUCAGCUUCCUGGCCCCGCUCACCUUCAACAACAUGACUCAGCUUUCCACUCUCAUCCUGAGCUACAACCAGAUCCGCUGUAUUCCUGUGCACGCCUUCGAUGGGCUCAAGUCCCUGCGCCUGCUAACUCUCCAUGGAAACGACCUUUCAACUAUACCGGAGGGAGCCUUCAACCAUCUGACGUCUCUGUCCCAUUUGGCCCUGGGUGCUAACCCCCUGUACUGUAACUGUGACCUGCGCUGGCUCUCCCAGUGGGUGAAGGCGGGGUUCAAAGAGCCAGGCAUCGCCCGCUGCACCGGUCCCCCCGACAUGGCCGACCGCCUGCUGCUCACCACCCCUCUCAACCGCUUCCAGUGCAAGGGUCCUCCGGACUUGAGUCUGAUGUCCAAGUGCGUCCCAUGCCUCGCCACGCCCUGUCAGAACAACGGAACGUGCGUUAGCGAUGCCGGAGGAGCCUACCAUUGCACCUGCCCUUUCGGUUACAAGGGGCGGAAUUGUGAGCUCGCCAUCAACGCUUGCAUUAGCCUGCCCUGUGUCAAUGGUGGAACCUGUCAUUUGCAGCCCGGUCAAGAGGACCAGUUCAGCUGCGUCUGCCCGCCAGGGUUCGAGGGCCAGCGUUGCGAGAUCAACCCAGACGACUGCGAGGACAACGACUGCGAAAACAACUCCACCUGCGUGGACGGCAUCGACAACUACACCUGCCUCUGUCCCCCUAACUACACCGGGGAUCUGUGUGACGAGGUGAUCGAUAACUGCGCACAGGGCUUUGACCCCUGCCAGCACGACGCAAAGUGCGUCCCACUCGACAAAGGCUACAGGUGCGAGUGUUUGCCAGGCUACGUGGGACAGCACUGUGAGCAGGACUACGACGACUGCCUGGAGAACAAGUGUCAGCACGGAGCGCAGUGCGUGGACGCCGUCAACGGCUACACCUGCGUCUGCAAGGAGGGCUUCAGCGGUCUCUUCUGUGAGAGCCCUCCUCCCAUGAUCCUCCUGCAGACCAGCCCAUGUGACCACACGGACUGCCAGAACGGCUCACAGUGCCUGGUAGUGGCGGGAGAGCCUGUGUGCCGGUGCCUUCCGGCCUUUUUCGGGGGCAAGUGUCAGAAGACCCUCACCGUCAACUUCCUGGGUAGGGAGGCGUACGUGGUCCUUCCGGGAGCCAAGGCCCGCCCCACCGCCCACAUCUCCCUCCAGGUGGCCACAGACAAGGACAAUGGAGUUUUGCUGUAUAAGGACGACAACGAUCCAAUAGUGCUGGAGCUGUACCAGGGACACAUCCGUCUGAUCUACGACAUCGCCAACUACCCCACCACUUUCUAUAGUGUGGAGACUGUAAACGAUGGCCUCUUCCACACAGUGGAGCUCCUCAUCCAGAAUCACACGCUAAGCCUGGUGGUGGACAAGGGUGCCCCCCGGAGUUUGGGCAAGCUCCCGCGACAGCCCUCCAUGGACCAGAGCACGCAGGUUUACAUCGGAGGCGUGCCCUCUACGGUCGGGAUAUCAGGACUUCGACAGGGAGCGGAGCGCAGCUCUCUGGCAUUUAACGGGUGUAUCCACAAUGUGAAGAUCAACGGGGAGCUGCAGGACCUGGGUGUGGCCACCGGGGGUGCGGACGAGGUAUUGCCCGGCUGCCACUCCUGCAGCGUGUGUGCGCAGGGGGCCUGCCGACAGCGGGGCGACACGGGGGUGACCUGCGAGUGCCCGUCUGGACGCAGCGGCCCACUCUGCGACCAGAAGAACCCUCCCAGCCCCUGCCAGGCCAGCAGGUGUGUCCACGGGCUGUGUGUUCCCAAAGGCUCGGGGUACAGCUGCCAGUGCGCAGACGGUUUCUCUGGGCAGUACUGCGACAGGCGUGAGGAGCCUCCAGCCUGCAGGGGGCAGCAUUGCGGGCACGGGGAGUGCUGGGUGACAGAGAGCGGGGCGCCCGCCUGCCGGUGCCAGCCCGGCUACUCCGGCCCCACCUGCGACACAGAGCCGACCUGCCAGGGGGAGCUGGUGCGAGAGCAGCUGAAACGGCACCAGGGCCAUAAGACCUGCACCUCCACCAGCAAGGUCCCUCGGGUGGAGUGCUCCCGGGCCUGCGAGGGGGGGCUGUGCUGCGCCCCCGUCAAGACCCGCAGGCGGAAAGUGGUCUUCAAGUGCACCGACGGGUCAUCGUUCUCCGAGGAGCUGGAGAUGUCGGUGGAGUGUGGCUGCACAAAGUGCCCUUUGUAAAAUCCCCCAACCCCCACCACUGUGGAACAUGAAAAGGGACCUACCAAGGAAGAAGAGAGAUAUAUUGUAAAAUAAAACAAAUAGAACUUAUUUUUAUUAUGGGAUUUUGUUUUUAAAGAAAGACUCUUUUAACUGUGUUUUUUAUAUGUCGGCUAGACUUGCCAUACAAGUUAUUUUGUACCGUAAACAAAUAAACCAACAAGACAGAUUAACAUUUCUGAAAUUAUAUGAAUUUAUAUAUGUGUAUAAAUCUACGUAAAUGUAUAACCUAAUCUGAGGAUUCUUUUGCUGUUUAUUGCAUGUCUUUGUGAGUUUUGUGAGUAUGGAGCUGGAACGCUCUCCUUGGAGGGUAUGUGUUGUACCCUCCCAGUCCCAUAGGGGGAGGUAGAGACCAGACCCGCUACACAGGAAGAAGAGGAUGCCAGUCUUUCUCAUUUUCAUUUUUGGGAGCUAGCUAAAGAAAAGAACUGGGGCUCUGCAAUGGACUUAUACAGCCUCACUUACCCACCACCCCCCGAACUCUUGGGUUUAAAAGUUUUUCUGGAGCCGGGAGACAGGGAAUUUGAUAUUUUUCGGGGUGUGUUACAAAUCUUUUUCCCGUCGGAGAAGAGAGGAGAGCGAGUGGUUGUCGGGGCGGUGUUGACGUCCGCGGUUUCCUGUGUCACCCGCUGACUUCCCGCCGCUAUGCUUCAGGACUUCUCCGUCUCUCGCAUGAUCGCAUGGAAACGGCUCAACGGCAGAAUGUGAAAUUCAUAAACUGUUAAUAGUGCGGACUGAGGGAGGCCAGCGCACCUGUUCUUGCUAACAGAGGCGGCUGUCGCCAGUGCGUCUUCUGGUGCGAUGGCGCUGGUGAAAACGAGUUCUCCGGACAUUUAUUUUUGAUGGGUAGGACUGUGCAUCGUCACCUGAGAAACCAGUGUUGAAUACCACCAUAACUGUCCCUCACUACUUAAAACUAUUAAACAAACAUCUAUGAAGCCCAUAACUACUGUAUUGUUUACUAUAUAAAUAUCACAUUUUGAUAUAUUUUAAACAAGUUCAGCCACAAAAGGUUAUUUAGGUAGUGUGAAUGUGCUGGCAGUGUGGGCCGCAUUAUCGCACACUGUAGGCACCUAAAGGAGGCCAUCUCAUCUCUGACAGUCUGGGGACCAGUGUACAAUUUAUAUGAGCUUACCAAGGCUUGUGAGAUGCAUCAUAUUUAAACCUACAGUAUAAGAGUAAUGCCUAUAAUGGUGGCACUAAUACAAGUUGCAUCUUUUAGACAUAGAUAUUUUCCGGUAAAAUAUGAAUUUGUGACAGAUUAAUACUUAUGUUGAAUGUUGAAUUAAAAUCCAAUGAAACAA